UCAUUCGAGUUGGGGGAGGAGGAGGAGGCCAUCGAUAUGGACGCGCCAUUCGAGGACGAGUUUAAGGAGCAGGUCGGACGGUCCAAGGCGGAGAUCGCGGUGAUGGGGAAGGAGUGGGUGGAGGAGGCGGUGGUGCGGGCCAUGAGGGUUGCCAUAAGGGAACAGGUGGUGAAUAUAAUGAUUUUGGUUCUACAGCAUAUUCGUUCGGCCGCCCUACGUUCGGCCGCCCUCCCACAGUUUACUGAUCGUGUUGCCGAUCCCAAUUCCACGCUGUCCCCGGCUGCCGAUCCCAAUUCCACGCUGUCCCCGGCUGCCGAUCCCAAUUCCACGCUGUCCCCGGCUGCCGAUCCCAAUUCCACGCUGUCCCCGGCUGCCGAUCCCAAUUCCACGCUGUCCCCGGCUGCCGCGUCCCCAGCGAAAAAUACAGGCUCCCCGAAGCAGGCAUCUGCAAGCGUGGCGACCGCACAAAUGGCCUGCGAGCGUGGCGACCGCACGAAUGGCCUGCGGGCGUGGCGACCGCGGCCGUGUCAAACUUAUAUAUAG